AUGGCAAGCAUGGCUGCAGUUCUGACCUGGGCUCUGGCUCUCCUUUCAGCAUUUUCAAUCUCCCAGGCACAGAAAGGCUUCUGGGACGACUUCAGCCAGAGCAAUGGGGACAAAGUCAGGGUGGAGCAGACCCAGCAGCAGAAGCUGGCACAGGAGCCCACGAACCCGAAAGACAGCUUUGAACAAGACUUCAAAAAUAUGGACAGGUUCUUGGAAAAGCUGGGCUCUCUGAGUGAGCAGGGAAGAGAGCCUCCCAGACUCCUACAAGACCAGGUGGGCAUGCGGCAGCAGCUGCAAGAGGAGCUGGAGGAGGUGAGGGCGCGCCUGGAGCCCUACAGGGCGGAAGUGCACGAGCGCGUGGGUUGGAACCUGGAGGGGCUGCGGCGGCAGCUGAUGCCUUACACCACGGACCUGAUGGAACAGGUGGCCCUGCGCGUACAGGAGCUGCAGGAGCAGUUGCGCUUAGUUGGAGAGGACACCAAGGCCCAGGUGCUGGGAGGCGUGGACGAGGCGCGGGGCUUGCUGCAGCAACUACAGAAACGCGUAGCGCACCACGCCGGCCGUAUGAAGGCGUUGUUCCACCCUUACGCCGCGCGCCUGAUGACCGGCAUCCGGCACCACGUGCAGGAGCUGCACCGCAGCGUGGCGCCGCACGCUGCAGCCAGCCCCGCGCGCCUCAGCCGCUGCGUGCAAGUGCUCUCACGCAAGCUCACGCUCAAGGCCAAGGCCCUGCAUGCGAGCAUCCAGCAGAACCUAGACCAGCUGCACGAAGGGCUCAGCGCCUUUGCCCGCGCGGGCACGGACGGCGCGGAGGAAAGGGCCGACCCGGACCCCUACGUCCUGUCCCAGGAGGUGCGCCAGCGACUCCAGGCUUUCCGCCACGACACCUUCCUGCAGAUUGCGUCUUUCACCCGCGCCAUCGACCAGGAGACCGAGGAGGUCCAGUUGCAGCUGGCACCGCCCCCUCCAGGCCACAGCGCCUUUGCCCCAGAGUUCCUCCAAGAGGAGAGCAGUAAGGUCCGGAGCAAACUGCAGGCCCGUCUUGAUGACCUAUGGGAAGACAUAAACUUUCAUGACCAUGACCAUGACCAUGACCUUGGCCAUCUGGAGGAGCCCUGA